CUUCCCCCAAUUUAAUGGCCUCAUUGAGUUCACCCCCCAAAAACUCUAGACCAUCGAUAACACUCAAUUCGAUUCCAUCGGCGGCAAGAUCACCUCGCUUGAUCCGUUUUCUACCGCAGAUAAUGGCGCAAUCGGUCGACCAAAUCGCUGAAUGCAACGACAUUUCCGACCAAGUUUCGAAGCUCCAACAAAACGGCGUUUCGAAAGACAAGCCGAAUGAAAUCGCUCCAUUUUUUAGGGUUAAGAAGCUCUCAGAGAAAGCUACACUGCCUUCCAGGGGGUCUCCACUUUCCGCUGGCUACGAUCUCUCCAGCGCAGCAGAUGCUAAAGUGCCAGCUAGAGGCAAAGCUCUAAUCCCCACCGAUCUUAGCAUCGCCAUCCCCGAAGGAACUUACGCACGCGGUGCUCCAAGAUCAGGUUUAGCUUUGAAACAUUGUGUGGAUGUGGGGGCAGGGGUGAUUGAUGCUGAUUACAGAGGUCCGGUGAAGGUGAUUCUGUUCAACCAUUCGGAUGUGGAUUUUGAAGUGAAGAUUGGGGACAGGAUUGCCCAAUUGAUCAUUCAGAAAAUUGUGACUCCUGAGGUAAUGGAGGUGGAUGAUCUUGAUGCCACGGUUAGAGGAGACGGAGGGUUUGGAUCUACCGGCAAUUGA